AUGUCUAAAACGUUCACCACCGCCGAUGUGGCUAAACACACCGCCACCGCCGGCGAUGGCAUGUACAUAAUUAUCGACGGGUCCGUGUACGAUGUGACGAACUUUGUGGACGAGCAUCCCGGCGGUGCAAAGAUUUUGAAGCGAGUCUGUGGAAAAGAUGCUACAAAGCAGUUCUGGAAGUACCACAACGAAUCCGUACUUAAGAAGUAUGGCCCUAAGUUGAAGAUCGGCUCGAUUGGCGAGAAGGCUAAGUUGUAA